AUGCUGCCGCUCCCGCUACUUCUGCUGAAGAAGAGGAGGAAUAAGAAGAAGACAAAGAAUGAUGAUGAUGAUGAUGAUGAUGAUGAUGAUGAUGAUGAUGAUGAUGAUGAUGAUGAUGAUGAUGAUGAUGAUGAUGAUGAUGAUGAUGAUGAUGAUGAUGAUGAUGAUGAUGAUGAUGAUGAUGAUGAUGAUGAUGAUGAUGAUGAUGAUGAUGAUGAGCUAUUUACUUGUCAUUUGGCAUUCUGA